AUGGACUACAUGCGCUCUCUUGUCGGCGCCAACACGAAGAAGAUCCAGGUGCCCAAGGUGGCAACGGACGAUGUCUACCCGGUCCACUUCUUCGACGAUACGAAGCCCUUCCGCGAGAUGCUCCUGAACUGGACCCUCCGGUUCGACGAUGUCCUCGACGCCGAGAAACUUCAUCUCUCGCUCGCCAAACUCCUGGAUAUCGGAGACUGGAGGAAGCUCGCUGGACGCAUGCGGUUGACCAAAGACAACAAACUCGAGCUUCACGUCCCGCACAAGUUCACACCAGCCCGCCCCGCCGUCCGCUUCUCCCACGUGGUCCACAACAUGAGCAUUACGGAGCACAAGCACGCCAAGAACAUGCCCAGGACCACCACCACCCCGUCCAUCCAGCCCGGUGUCGUCAACUUCUACAGUCUCGGCGCGCGCGAGGGCGCCCCCCGCACGCUCGAGGACCUCAUCUCCUCGGACGAGCCCGGCAUCGCCCUGCACGUCGUCUCCUUCAACGACGCCACCCUCGUCGGCCUCCUCUUCUCUCACGUCCUCUUCGGCGCCGCCGGCAUGCAGGCCCUCGUCGAGGCCUGGUCCCAGGUCCUCGCCGGCCGCGAGGCCGAGGUCCCCGUCCUCCAUGGCGCCCGCAGGGACAUCCUCGACGAUGUCGGCGUCGACACGGACCCGGAAAAGGAGAAGUUAUUGCUCGACCGCCGCGUGCUCAAGGGAUUCCGCCACUUCCGCUUCAGCCUGCGCUUCCUCUGGGACAUUAUGCGCCGCCCCGAGAUCGAGUCCAAGAUCCUCUGCCUGCCCGGCGACUUCGUUGCCAACCUCCGCUCCCAGGCCAUGGCCGACCUGCACGCCAUGGACGAGAAGGGCAUGGGCACCGGCGAGGCCCCUUUCGUCAGCGAGGGCGACGUCCUGACCGCCUGGUGGACCCGCAUCGUCUGUCUAGCCCGCGGCUCCAACCGUCCCGUCACCGUCCUCAACGCCGUCGACAUCACCGGCCGUCUCAAGGGCGUCUUCGCCCCCGGAAAGCUCUACGUCCAGAACUUCGCCCUCGGCACCUGGACCCUCCUCAGCUCCGCCGAGGUCCUCAAGGCGCCCCUCGGCUACGUCGCCCGCUGCUUCCGCUACGACAUCCAGACCCAGACCACCCCGUCCCAGCUCAUGGCCUUCAUGCGCCGCAUCCGCCAGCGCGGCCGCUGCAAGACGCAGCCCCUCUACGGCGACCCCAACAGCAUGCUCAUCAUCUUCACCAACUGGUCCCGCUGCAAGUUCUUCGACUGCAUCGACUUCGCCCCGGCCGUCAUCCCCAGCAUCAACCCCAUCGCGGAACUGCCCGCGGCUUCCGAAAACACCCAGCCAAACAGCGACGACUCCAUCACCAGCGACGGCAUCAGCAACGGCGGCGCCGACCUGGAGAAGCAGGCCAACAACGCCAGCAUCGCCCAGGUGCUGAGCCGCCCGCCGCCCGGCAAGAUCUCCUACCACCACUCCAUGACCCGCACCCGCACCAUCCUCUCUCGCAACGUCUUCACCAUCCUCGGCAAGGACCUCAACGGCAACUACUGGGUCUCGGCCCUGGGACACCCCGAGUGCUGGGACAAGCUCGAGAAGGAGGUUGAAAUCUCCUCCAUGGACAACUUGAGGCGGCUCCGCCCCGAGACGACACAGUAA